AUGUUGGUUUUGCUCCCCAUGCCUCAUGCCACUCAUGCUGAGCCUGAAAACCAUCUACAAAAAGGGGCAAUCUCCUCAGUCCACCUUUUGCAGCAGCCCAGCCCGUUAGCUGCAGGAAGAAAAAGUCCCCUACAUAAAUUGGCGACUUCACUGGGGAUUAAGCCAUUAUCUUCAUCAAUGCCUCCAAGAAAGAAGACCAGAAGCAACAACAUAACUUCCCAGGAUGGGCCAAGCCAUGCUGACUCAGAGUCAAGGCAACAUGCCUCUUCUAGAGAAGAAGAACGUGCAAGUGAGGGAACUUUUACCCUCACAGAUCUUGUUGCAGCCAUUCGUGCUAUGGGUGACACCCAGAGGGAGAUGGCAGAGAUGAUAAAAGAACUCAAAAAUUCGGCUCCAAAGCCAAGUGAAGUGAAUGAGAAGCACCCACAGGAGGAAUCUGCGGCUGCCGGAAAGGAGUCUGAGCAGAAGGGACCAUCUUUUGUCACUCAGGAGGACGUUGUUGCCAUGCUGGAAAAGGAGCUGAGUCGAAGUCAGGAAGAUUGGAAGUAUCUUCCUCAGCCGCCAUAUCCAUCAAGCUUACUCCAGCAGCCAUAUCCUAAAGGCUAUGAAGCACCGACCUUUGUCCUCUUUGAUGGACGAAAGGGGAGCCCGAAAGAGCAUGUCAAUCGCUUCAUCGAUGCCUUGGGACCGUAUGCUGGUGAUCAUAAUCUUCGACUUAGAGAAUUUUCAAAGAGUCUCACCGAUCGUGCUUACACAUGGUAUACAACGUUGGCACCAGGCUCUAUUCAUUCCUGGGAAAGUCUGGCAAGCAGGUUCUGUAAGAAGUAUUUCCAGCAUGAAGAACGAGUCACCACCACUCAACUCAACAACACCCGCCAAAAGCAUGGUGAGGAUCCCGUGGACUUUGUACGCAGGUUCCGGGACCUGGCAUUGGAUUGCUAUGAUGAGAAAGACGAGGAGGCGCUUGUUGAAAUUUGCAUCAGCAAUAUCGUGGCAGAUUAUAGAGUGUAUUUGGAGAAUAUUGGCAUUAGUCAAUUUUCUCGGCUGCUGGAAGCUGUGAGGAAGACGAGCAUGUCCGUCAGGCCACCAGGACAAAGGACUUGGAGGAAUGAGAAGAAGGAAGCGCAUCAGACAUUAGCAAUAGAUGACAAGCCCUCCAAUGACUACAAUUCACGCAAACGCAAGGAUAGAGAGACGUAUCCACCACUACCAUGCAAAGAUGAAGAAUUUCAUGCUAUCCUUGACACAAUGAUUGCUGAUGGCGUAAUCAAACCUGUCAGACCCUACAAGGUUCCUACUCGAGAGGAAAAGAAUGAUCCUAGGUACUGCCGUUAUCAUCAAUUUGUGGGGCAUCCGACCACUGCCUGUCAAAGUCUGAGGAGGAUUCUACACGCCAAAAUACAUGAGGGAGUCCUUGAACUUCCCUCUAGGAAGCAAACGAUUGAUGAGGACCCCUUGCCAAAACGAAGGGGAAAGGAGGUAGCCGCUGUCAUUACAUGUUCUGAUGAUUUACUUGAUGAUGAUGAAUUGUGCCACCCUUGGAGGAAUGACCCAAAGCCGCCGGAAGCCAUAUGGGAACCUUGCGGAAACAUGGAAAAGGCAUAUUGGUGUAAAUAUUCGAGGCCUUCAAGUUACAACACACCAUGGCCACUUGCUGAUGGAUGGGGUGACAACUCAGGCAGCGAAAUUUUUGUUUUGGACAUGCCGGAAGAACGCUACUCGGGGGCUUUAUCGGAGCAGCAGGAAGCAGCUGCCGUGACAUUUCACAAUAUCACGGAAGCUGAAACAAGUGUGAUGGAACGUUAUUUAAGCAUGAAACAGGGGCCCACAGCUUCACAGGUCCUUCAAAGAAACCCAAAGUUCAAAUCACUCUUUGACCAACUUGGCUUCGGGCCGCAAGCAAGAGAAGCAGCUGUUGUAGCCCUGAUGAAUAUCUCUGAGGAGUCUAAUUCUCAAUGCUUUACAACUCAACCACAAAGGUCAUUCUUGGGAAAUGACAAUGCUAUUGUCUUUACGGACGAAGACAUGGAAGUUCCAUACCCGGACCAUAGGAGGCCGCUUUACUUGGAGGGACAGAUCAAUGAUGUGUUCAUAAGGAGAGCUUUGGUGGACACGGGUUCCUCUGUCAACAUAUUACCUCUGUCUGUGCUUACGGCAGCUGGUAUCCCAUUGUCCAAAAUUGUCCAAUCACAAACAAACAUCAGUGGUUUCGGGAAUAAGAGUGAGGUCACAGUCGGGCAUCUACAAGUACAUUUGAAGGUUGGGCCAAUUCGGUCACUUACUAAGUUCUAUGUUGUGGAUGUGGAUGUGGCUUACCAUGCUUUGCUUGGAAGGCCAUGGCUCAACAAGCAUAAGCUUGUGGUUUCUACCUAUCAUCAAUGCGUAAAAGGAAGGAUUGGGCUGAGGCCGCUACGCAUACCUGGAAACCAAGCACCUUUCAACAAAGAUGAAGCUCACUACUCUGAAGCAGAAUUCUACACUGAAUGCACAGGUGCUGGAAGCAAUCCAUCCAAGGAUUUCGGGACCUACCUUCCUUCGUGGACUGAAAUUCGUGAUUUAAGCAAUGAGGAGCUCAUCACCAUUGUUGAUCGAGAAAGAAAGAGGCACUCGGAAGUCAACAACCAUGCCUAUGAUCAUCCCCAAUGCUCAAAGGAGCCAAUGGCAGCACCCAGACACAUGCAAGAUGGAUCGUCAGCAGUAGCUGAGCAGCUGGAAACAAUUGAUUUGAGUGAGGAUCCCUCUGCCCCAAGGCCCAUUUCCAUAAGUGUUCAUUUAACAAGUGAGGAGAGGGCGGCCUUGAUAUCUUUGCUAAAGGAAUUUCGAGAUGUGUUCGCUUGGAGCUAUGAGGAAAUGCCUGGUCUGAACCCAAGCUUAGUAAGUCAUACUCUGAAUAUUGAGCUUGGUACAAAACCUAUCGUGCAAGCAAGAAGGAAUUUUCAUCCUGAAGUUGAGAAGCAAAUCAAGGUGGAAAUUGAAAAGUUGUUAGCUGCCGGAUUUAUUAAACCAAUCAAGCAUCCUACGUGGCUAGCGAAUAUUGUCCCUGUGAAGAAGAAAACCGGUGUGAUCAGAAUAUGCACGGAUUAUCGAGAUCUCAACCGAGCUUGCCCAAAGGAUGAGUUCCCGCUGCCAAACAUGGAUAUCUUAAUUGAUUCGACCUCGGGUCAAGGCUUGUUGUCAUUCAUGGAUGGGUUUAGUGGCUACAAUCAGAUCAAGAUGUCUCCCAAGGAUGCUGAAAAGACAGCCUUUCGGACACCGUAUGGGAAUUUUUAUUAUACGGUCAUGCCAUUCGGCCUCAAAAAUGCUGGCGCCACCUACCAAAGAGCUAUGACAGCGGUGUUUCACGACAUGAUGGGAAAAGAAGUUGAAGAUUAUGUGGAUGACCUUGUGGUGAAGUCCAAAACCAGAGAAGGCCAUCAAGAAGUUUUAAGGAGAGUGCUGGAAAGGUGUCGGCUGUACAGUUUGAAGAUGAAUCCAAAGAAGUGUGCGUUCGGGGUUUCAUCUGGUAAAUUCUUGGGGUUUCAAGUACAUCAGCGUGGCAUAGACGUGGAUCCUGAGAAGACUAAAGCCAUAAAUUCUCUUGCACCGCCUAAAAGCCCAAAAGAAUUGAAAAGCUUUAUGGGAAGAUUAUCAUAUAUUCGGCGCUUUAUCCCAGGUCUUGCUGCCACCAUGAGUGCUUUUACUCCAUUGCUCAAGAAAGGCAAGAGGUAUGAAUGGAGUGAGAAGUGCCAAGAAGCUUACAAGAAGGUGCAACAAAUAAUCGCCAAGCUGCCCACUAUGAAAGCACCUAUUCCGGGGCUUCCUCUCAAACUUUAUUUGGCUGCAACAAACACAGCGGUUGGGGCCUUACUUGCUCAAGAUGAUCACAGUGGGGAAGAAAGUCCUAUUUAUUACGUAAGUAGGCAACUAAGGGGGUCUGAAGUAAGAUAUCCGAAAACUGAAAUUUUGUGCCUUGCUCUUGUCUAUGCUGCACAGCGCUUGCGACAUUACUUCCUUGCUCACAAGCUACAUCUCAUGGUGAAGUCUGAUCCCGUAAGAUAUUUGCUUACAAGGCCGAUAUUAUCCGGACGCCUUGCACGUUGGUUGCUACAGCUGUCCGAGUUCGAUAUCACCUGCACUACUCCAAAAGCCAUCAAAGGGCAGGCCGUUAUUGACAUGUUGGCUCUAUUUCCCGAAGUUGAAGAAUCAACAAUCUCUAAGGAAGUUCUGGGGGAGCUGCCGGAAAUGGUUGCUGUUGUCACGGAGGCAGAACCAUGGACCCUCUACUUCGAUGGGUCUUCUACAUCGAAGAGUGGAGGGGCAGGUGUGGUGCUUGUCAAUCCCGAGGGGCAAGCUACGGCCCUCUCGUUUAAGCUAAAUUUCCCAUGCACGAAUAAUACGGCAGAGUACGAAGCUUUUAUUGCAGGGAUGUCUACAGCAAGGGAAAUGGGUGUCGAAAGAAUUAAAAUUAUUGGGGAUUCAAACUUGGUGCUGAGUCAAUUACAAGGAAAUUUCGCGGUGAAGGAACCAGCGUUGGCACCAUAUCGUACAGCUGCUGAAAGGCUUGUUCGUUCGUUCAAACAAGUUGUGUUGGAACAUAUCCCGGGAGUCACUAACAGAUAUGCUGAUGCGUUGGCCACUUUGGGGUCGAGGCUCUCAUUUAUUGACGAACAGCCCAAUAUUGCAGUAAUCAAGAGGGACACGCCAGUUGUUGAAGCAAUGGCUCAAGAGGAGCGGCUGGAAGAGGAUGACUGGAGGAAACUUGUGAAAGAAAAAAUAGGCAAAGGAAGCAACAUCAAAGAAUUGAAGGAUUAUGCGAUCAUCUUUGGGGAACUGUACAGACGCCUUCCGGGAGGUAUUUUGACCCGCUGCAUAGGGAUAACAGAAGCAGAGGAGAAGCUUCAAGAGGUACAUGAGGUCACUUGCAAUUUGGAGCCAAUAAUCAGCUUGUACCGGCGCCUGCAGCGCAAGGGUUAUUACUGGCCAGAAAUGAGGAAACAAGCAGCUGAAAUACAAGCCAAUUGUCCCAAGUGUGCAAAAAUACCUUCCACCGAGGAAUCAUUCACCGUCUCAUUUGCGGAGGAUUGGAGGGCUCCAUACUUGGCAUCCUUCAUCAAUGGAGUCUUGCCAACCAAUCCCAAGCAUGCACGCAAGCUCAAAAGGACAAUGAAAAGAUACUUCAUAGAUGGGUCAACUCUUUACCGUAAGGGGUUUAAUGGUGAGCCAUUAAAAUGCUUGGGAAAGUCUGAGGCACAGCAAGUCAUGCAAGAGAUUCAUGCUGGAGAAUGUGGUGAACACCAAGGAAUGAAGAAGCUUUACCGGCAGCUGCUGAGUGUUGGGUAUUAUUGGCCUACAAUGAAGAAUGAUGCAUACGACUUUGUGAAGAGGUGUCACACAUGUCAAGUUCAUGCCAAUUUAAGCCAUAAGCCUCCCACGCUGCUGCAAGACAUGCGCACCCCUUGGCCCUUCCAUACUUGGGGGCUUGAUUUGAUCGGGACUAUUCAUCCACCAUCCGACAGCUACAUAUGGAUCCUCACGGCCACCGAAUAUUUACAAAGUGGGUAG